GCAGGAGGCGGUAGUUGGAGGACGGUUCCUGGCUGGGUCCGGGACGCCCCGGGAACGCGGAAGAGGCUUUGAGGGCGGCCGCGAUGCCCGGCCUGCAGCGGCUGGAAGGAACUGGAGUGAAAGAGAAGCCACUUACUAUGGGAAACACAUGGUACAACCUGCACAGUUGAACUCAGAGAAGAAGAUACUAAAGGGCCAAGAUGAAGAAGACUGAGGAAGAGAGAAAGAGAGAGGACAGGGAUGUUGAGGGGGACUACAUGUUCCUUAUCACCUAUUUCCAAGUGGCAGUGCUGGAACCUACUGUUGCAUUCAUGGACAAGGAUGUCACACAUAUGCCUUUGGUGUUUCAUGAAGAAUAUUUCCAGAUUUAUCACAGACAUUAAGCCUUUGCCUCCCAACAUAAAAGAUAGAUUGAUUAAAAUAAUGAGCGUGCAGGGGCAAAUAACAGAUUCAAAUAUAAGUGAGAUCUUACAUCCUGAAGUUCAGACUCUAGAUCUACGUAGCUGUGACGUUUCUGAUACAGCUCUCCUGCACCUGUGUAACUGCCGAAAACUGAAGAAAUUAAAUUUAAAUUCCUCAAAAGGAAACAGAAUUUCCAUAACUUCAGAAGGAAUAAAGGCUGUGGCUUCAUCUUGCUCAUCCCUGCAUGAAGCGCUUCUGAAACGAUGCUGCAAGCUCACUGACGAAGGAGUGCUUGCCCUUGCCCUCAAUUGCCGGCUGCUAAAGAUCAUUGACUUAGGAGGCUGCUUAAGUAUUACUGAUGCAUCCUUACAUGCGUUAGGGAAAAACUGCCCCUUUUUACAAUGUGUUGACUUUUCAGCUACCCAGGUAUCUGACAAUGGUGUGGUCGCACUUGUUAGUGGACCUUGUGCCAAGAAAUUAGAGGAAAUCCACAUGGGACAUUGUGUAAAUCUGACGGAUGAGGCUGUGGAAGCUGUCCUUGUGUCCUGUUCUCAGAUACAGAUACUACUCUUCCAUGGAUGCCCCCUAAUAACAGAUCAUUCACGAGAAGUCUUGCAGCGAUUAGUAGGCCCAAACAAACUGAAACAAGUGACAUGGACUGUGUAUUGAUGCCUUUUGAAGCUCAUCAAAGCUGUGGAGGCUGAUCAAAGCUACUUUCCCAGGAAACCGUCUGUACAGAUUUGCUUUCCACUUAAUUUAAGACUACUCUAUUAUUUUAUCAUCUUAUUUAAGCUAUAACUCUCAGAAUCAGCUAACUCUGAGUGUGUCCAUGGUUUGUGCUCUGAAGUUAACCAGACCCUUAAACAUUUUAAUGUUGCUAUUAUUCUACACUUGUUUGGCGAGUCAUUGUUUUUGAAAUGUCAUUCCAGCAUGAACUCUUACCUGUUGAGGAGGGACCAGGGCAGGGCAUGAGUUUUGUUUCUUGAAUAGCAAGGUCUUAAAUCAUUUGUUUUCCCCUGAGAUUUCCUUCUCCUAUGUAGACAUUUGAGCUGUUUAAAGAGAAAUUUGCUGAUAUUGGAUAGACUAUAGGAAAAUUCUAAGUAACGGUAUGUCUAAAAUAAUAUCUUCCUUAAGAAAAAAGUUCCUUCCUAAUUAUUUCCUGGCUUUUACCUUCUUGAAGUAUUUAAAUGCCAUUUGCCAAAAGCAAAGCUGAACACUAGACCUGUUAACUAUUCACAGAAUUUAUAUAUCUCUUCGUUUCAUGAAGUAAAUACUUAAAUGUCAUAAUUUACAACAUCACACCUUAGCCAUUGGGCUUGUUUAUAUUUGUAAUGCUCUGGCCCAGCUCCUUUCUUCGUUGAUUUUUAUGCUGACUCUGCCCAAAUGUUUUUUAUUCUUCUGUGAGUCUUGUUCCUUAGCAAAACUACAUUUAGAAAUGUGUAAACAUGAAUAAAUAUGAAGGACCAUUACAGAGACUGUACCCCGAAACUCUUUUGAUUUCACAUUGUGAAAUAAAUAGCAACGGUCAUAGUUUUGAAAAGAAAACUUUUGAAAAACAAACCAAAAAAAAAUUAUCUGACAUCUACUAUGCUCAAAUUACCCCCAAAUUUAUGCUGUGAUCCUGGCUCAGGCUUUCUUAAACAUUUCUUAUUUUGCCUCUGAUGUAGUGAAAAACAUGAAAACAGGGGAAAUACCAUAUGUAACGAAUCUUGUACAUGCUUGGGGAGGGGCUACAUAUCCAGCUCUAUUUCUUGACUUUAUGACGUGGCAUGUUUAUAAUGUGAAUAUAUGUACUGCCACUGCAAAGGUGGUGUGUGUGUGUGUAUAUAUAAAAUGGGUAAGGCCUGUCUGAAAUUUUCCACAGACAAACAUGGUGAAAUUUAAUUUCUAAUACGUCAGUAGGCUCUUCCCCAUUUUUGCAGAAACUAGUUUCAGGUAUGAGCUUCUUAGGGUUUAUAAAGGAUUUAUCUUACUAAACUGGUUUGCACUUUUUAAAAAAAAAUUUGUAUUCGUUUACUUGAGAGGGAGGAAGAGGGAAAGAGAAAGAGAGGGCGAGCGAACAUGCUCCAUUUACUAGUUGAAUCCCAAAAUACCUGUAAUGGCCAAGUCUGUGCCAGGGCCAAAGCCUGGGGCCAGAGACUCCAUCGAGGUCUCCCAUGUGGGCAACAGGAGUCCACUUACUUGAGCUGUCAUUGGUGUCUCCCAGAGUCUCCAUGAGCAGAGAGCUGGAGUCAGUAGCCAGAGCUGGGGAUAAGCCAGGAGAGUCUGAUGUGGCGCACAGGUCUUUAUUUAUUUAUUUAUUUAUUUAUUUAUUUUGACAGGCAGAGUUAGACAGUGAGAGAGAGAGAGACAGAGAAAGGUCUUACUUUUUCCGUUGGUUCACCCCGCAAGUGGCCGCUACGGCCGGCGCGCUGCACUGAUCCCUGGUCUCCUAUGCAGGGAGCACAGGUGUCUUAAGCAGCUUCUUUACCCCUAGGCUAAAUGCUCACUCCCGCAGUUUGUAUCUGGAUUUUCUUGCUUUUUAUUGUUGUUGUUGCUAGUUGUAUUAACUAUUUUACAGUACUUUUUUAAAAAAUAGGAGUUUACUUCAAAAAGUUCAUGGAAAUGGGAUUAAAAGAUAAUCUUACUUUGAUGCAAAAAUACUUUGAAAUACAUGCAUUGUUUUUUAAUAAUAUGACUUCCCCAUGAACUUCUUGAAGACUCCUAAUAUCAAUACCUUCUCUAUCUAGGGAUCCUCACCACUAUGUAUCAGUCUCCCAUCCCGGUACCAUUUUCACUCGUGCCUCCUUGUUUUUCUUCUAUCUAUCACUAUCUGAUACCUGUUUUAUGUUUAAUUUGAUCAAAAUCUGUCUCCCACUCUAGAAUAUAAACUUCAUGAGAACAGAAUAUUUGUCUUCUUUUUCAUUGCUUUAAAACAGUGCCUGUUCGCUGUGGCGCCAAGGGUUAAAGCCCUGGCCUUAAACGCUGGCAUCCUAUAUAGGCACUGGUUCUAGUCCCAGCUGCUCCUCUUCCGAUCCAGCUCUCUGCUGUGACUUGGGAAGGCAGUAAAA